GGUCGAGGGAAGCGGCAGAUUCUCUUUGCUGCAGUCAGUGGUUGGUGGGGAGGAUUGUCUGUUGGCGGAAGAAGGAAGUCAGAAUAGAGACACUGAGGGCUAAGUUUGCUGAGAACGGAGAGAAAGAAAAGAACAUCUGCAAAAGACAUGCUGUUUCUGCAACUUGCAUCGCUAGCUGUUCUUCUCUCGGGCAGCGACAAUGCGGAUGUCAUCCAGGAACACAUCUUGUUUCAUGUGAUCCAGAUCUCAUCCUUUGCCAACCAAUCCUGGGCAAAAAUUCAGGGUUCAGGUUGGCUGGGUGAGUUGCAGACUCAUGGCUGGGACAGUGAAUCAGGCACAAUAAUUUUCCUGCACACCUGGUCCAAGAGCAACUUCAGCAAUGAGGAGUUUAUGGGCCUGGAGCUGCUGUUUCGUGUCUACCUCAUUCGAUUAAUUCAGGAGAUUCAAGACUGCGCCAGUCAAUUGCAGUUCGAAUAUCCCUUUGAAUUACAGGUGACAGCUGGUUGUGAGCUGCCUUCUAGAAACACCACAAAAAGCUUCUUGCAGGUUGCUUAUCAAGGAACAGAUUUCCUGAGUUUCCAAAACAUGUCAUGGGUACCAUCUCCAGAGGGUGAGAUCAGGGCCCAGAGGGUCUGUGAUCUAAUCAAUCAAUAUGAAGGCAUCAAGGAAACAGUGUCUAAGCUCAUCAGAAACGUCUGCCCGCGAUUUGCCUUGGGUCUCUUCGAUGCAGGGAAGAUGUAUCUCCAGAGGCAAGUGAAGCCAGAGGCAUGGCUGUCUGGUAGCCCCAUCCUUGGGUCUAGCCAGCUGUUGCUGGUUUGUCACGUCUCUGGAUUCUACCCAAAGCCUAUUUGGGUGAUGUGGAUGCGGGGUGAACGGGAACAGCCAGGCAUUCAGCGAGGUGACGUCCUGCCCAAUGUUGAUGGGACAUGGUAUCUUCGGGUGAUCUUGAAUGUGGAGGCUGAGGAGGCAGCUGGCCUGUUUUGCCAAGUGAGGCACAGCAGUCUAGGAGACCAGGACAUCAUUCUCUAUUGGGGACAUCACCUUUCCGUGAACUGGAUCCCACUGGCAGUGAUAGCACCUCUAAUACUUCUGAUGGUCCUUGCAUUAUGGUUUAAGAAGCACUGCUCAUAUCAAGUCAUCUCUUGGGAUUCCUCACCAUGCUGCCCCCAUUGCAAUGAGAAAUAAACAGCUCAGGAUCCUAGGACAACAGAGUAAUGCCAUCCUUUCUACUCUCCAUUUAAAUUUUUUUUCUGUUUCUGUUUUAUAACCAUUUGUUAAUAUAAACUAGUUUAAUUUCUGUAACUCAGUAUGAAAUGCCUUCCUUGUAAUCUCCAUUUGUUCAAUAGUACUCAACCGUCAAAGCAUAUUUCUGAUGUCACAUCCUCUAAAGGUCUUCCCUGAUCCAUAAGUGGGAAACAGUCUCUCUCUCCUCUGAGCCCAGAGAGCACUUCAAAUGUACUCUGCUACACGUACACAUCACUUGUUACCCUGCAUUACAGUUACUUAGUUCUUUCUUCCCCUUCCAAUAUUUAUUUUGGGAAUAAAUAUUGAGACAAAUUUUGGGACAAUAAUCAUGACAAAGCUGCCUUUCCUGCAUGUAAUAUGUGCUCAGUGAAAAUCGAACCAAAACAAACAAACCUAAUCCGAGUUGGAUUAACUGUAAUGUUGAUAGUCUUUUCCCAUUAUAUUAAUUCCUGACAUUGUUGUAGUAUUUGAAAUAUUGAUGUUUCCCUUCAUGCUUCAAUUUUUUUACUUGGUCAGGAAAUUCCACACUCCUUUAGCUCUCUUGUUUUCUCCCAAAACUCUUAAAGAAAAAUGCAGCUUUGCCCCUCACCACACUUAUUUUCUAAAUACAGAGAACCAACUCUUUCCAACUUUUUCCAAAUACAAAGAGAGAAAGAGUAUGCAGGCUAUGCGUUAAGGGUAGUGGGGCAGAUGGGUCACUGAACGGUUAAGAAAAAGGAGCAAGAGAGCUCAUGAUUAGGGUGGGAUCAAGACAGGGGAUAUAUAUGGAAGACUCCCCCAAAGGGCAGUGCUAUCCAAUACCUUUCACUAGACUUUGGUUCCUCUAGGUAUCAUUUGUUAAUUCAAGUAAUAUUUGUUAAGCACUGAAUAUGAGACAGGUACAUACAGGUUGUAAACUGGUGGGGGAGAAAAUGACCCAGAUUGUAUCCACUUGCUUGAGUUGCAAUUUUUACCACUUCAGUAUGUCCAUGUCCUAUUUACUGGUUACAUUUUUUGUUUCUUUUUAAAAUUUUUGAAUCAACUUUAUGGAUGUAUAAUUUACAUACAAUAAAAUACGGCUAUUUUAAGUGUACAGUUCCAUCCAUUUUGACAAAUGUAUACACCCAUGUAAGCGCAACCACAAUGAAGAUAUAGAACAUUUCUGUUAUCCCAAUACCUCUCAUACCUAUUUGUAGUUAAACCCACUGCAUCUUUGCAAUUACUGAUAUGCUUUAUGCUAGUUAAGCUUAGAGUUAUCUUUUCUAUAAUUUGAUUAAUUUGGAAUAAACUGUAUGUCCUCUUGUA